AUCCUCCCGCCGUACCAUAGCAUCUGCCCUGCUUGACUCGCCCAACGCUGUGCGGCUGGUUCCUGUGUCUGUCGACGCCGUCUCGCCCGCUUGGCCACAUCUCGCUCCUCCCUGCGCCGGACCGCGACCGCGCACCCUCACCACCAGCGCUUUUUCCUUCUUCUGAUGCACCCCUGGUAGACCAUCUCAGUCUCGGCAGCUGCGGUUCGCCUGCUCUCCUCGUCCUCCCGCCAACAUGUCACGCUCGUUCCGACGCUCGAACCCCAUCACCAUUGUCCUCGCCGCCAUCCUCUGCAUAGGCUUCUUCGUCUUCUUCUUCUCCGGCGGCGAUGGUCCCUCGAUCGCCAAGGCCCGCGGCGGCACAGAGACGGCCUCCAAUCCGCUGUCCCCGCCCUCGAUGCCCUUCCGCAAGUCCAAGGCCAACGCUCCCCCGGCCGCGCCGCCCGUCGUCCACUACUACAUGAACAACCUGACGACGUCGCGGACGCCCAUAGAAAACAGCGAGACGGUCCUCAUCCUGACACCCCUGGCGCGUUUCUACCAGGAGUACUGGGACAACAUCCUGCACCUCAGCUACCCCCACAACCUUAUCUCGCUGGGCUUCAUCAUACCGAAGACGAAAGAAGGGAACGCCGCAUACGCUGCUCUGCAGGUGCAAGUCGCAAAGAUCCAAGCUGGACCCAAGUCCAAGCGCUUCGCCGCCGUGUCCAUUCUGCGCCAGGACACCGAGUCUCCGCUGCAAUCGCAGGACGAGAAGGAGCGCCAUAAGAUGGAGAACCAGAAGGCGCGUCGUGCAGCCAUGGCGAAGGCGCGCAACUCGCUGCUCUUCACAACAAUGGGCCCCACCACGUCCUGGGUGCUAUGGAUGGACGGCGACAUUGUCGAGACCCCGCCCACUCUGAUCCAAGAUCUCGCCGCCUACGACGUACCCAUCAUUGCGCCCAACUGCUUCCAGCGAUACUACGACGAUGGCAAGAAGGCCAACAGCGUCCGCCCCUACGACUACAACAACUGGAUCGACAGCCCCACGGCGCAACAGCUGGGUGACAAGAUGGGCAAAGAUGACAUCCUGCUUGAGGGGUAUGCAGAAAUGCCGACAUAUCGCAGCUUGAUGGCCAUGAUGUACGAUGCGGGCGCAGAUCCCACUGCAAAAAUCAAGCUCGAUGGUGUGGGUGGAGCGACAUUGCUGGUCAAGGCGGAGGUGCAUCGGGAUGGGGCCAUGUUUCCCCCCUUCUCAUUCUACCACCUCAUCGAGACGGAGGGCUUUGCGAGGAUGGCAAAGCGCCUGAAUUGGGACAGCUUUGGGUUACCAAAUUACCUUGUAUACCACUAUAACGAAUAGACUGUUGGCUUUGUUUGUACGGCGGUCAUUGGGCGGCGUUCACAUGGACGAUAUAUCUCUUAUACUACUGCAGUCAUGAGCAAUGGAGACGCCUUUUUUCAAUUGGACU